GACAGCCCUCCCUCUAUCCGCGAGGGUUCCGGGCCCGGCGAGAGGGCGCGAGCACAGCCGAGGACAUGGAGGUGACUGCGGACCAGCCGCGCUGGGUGAGCCACCACCACCCUGCGGUUCUCAACGGGCAGCACCCGGACACGCACCACCCGGGCCUCGGCCACUCGUACAUGGACCCGGCUCAGUACCCCCUGACGGAAGAGGUGGACGUACUUUUUAACAUCGAUGGUCAAGGCAACCACGUCCCGUCCUACUACGGAAACUCGGUCAGGGCUACCGUGCAGAGGUAUCCUCCGACCCACCACGGGAGCCAGGUAUGCCGCCCACCUCUGCUGCACGGAUCCCUGCCCUGGCUGGAUGGCGGCAAAGCCCUGAGCAGCCACCACACUGCCUCGCCCUGGAACCUCAGCCCCUUCUCCAAGACGUCCAUCCACCACGGCUCCCCGGGGCCGCUGUCCGUCUACCCUCCUGCUUCAUCCUCUUCUCUGGCCGCAGGCCACUCCAGUCCGCAUCUCUUCACCUUCCCGCCCACCCCUCCGAAGGACGUCUCCCCAGACCCGUCGCUGUCCACCCCAGGAUCGGCAGGCUCCACCAGGCAAGAUGAGAAAGAGUGCCUCAAGUAUCAGGUGCCGCUGCCGGAUAGCAUGAAGCUGGAGACGUCCCACUCCCGAGGCAGUAUGACCACCCUGGGAGGGGCCUCGUCCUCAGCCCACCAUCCCAUCACCACCUAUCCGCCCUACGUGCCCGAGUACAGCUCCGGACUCUUCCCACCCAGCAGCCUGCUGGGAGGAUCCCCUACCGGGUUCGGGUGUAAGUCGAGGCCCAAGGCACGAUCCAGCACAGAAGGCCGGGAGUGUGUGAACUGUGGGGCAACCUCCACCCCACUGUGGCGGCGAGAUGGAACUGGGCACUACCUUUGCAAUGCCUGCGGACUGUACCAUAAGAUGAACGGACAGAACCGGCCCCUUAUCAAGCCCAAGCGAAGGCUGUCAGCAGCAAGGAGAGCAGGGACCUCCUGUGCGAAUUGUCAGACCACCACCACCACGCUCUGGAGGAGGAACGCUAACGGGGACCCCGUCUGCAAUGCCUGUGGGCUCUACUACAAGCUGCACAAUAUUAACAGACCCCUGACUAUGAAGAAGGAAGGCAUCCAGACCCGAAAUCGGAAGAUGUCUAGCAAAUCCAAAAAGUGCAAAAAGGUGCACGACGCGCUGGAGGACUUCCCCAAGAGCAGCUCCUUCAACCCGGCCGCCCUCUCCAGACACAUGUCGUCUUUGAGUCACAUCUCCCCGUUCAGCCACUCCAGUCACAUGCUGACCACACCGACGCCCAUGCACCCGCCCUCCGGCCUCUCCUUUGGACCUCACCAUCCUUCCAGCAUGGUCACCGCCAUGGGGUAGAGAGGGAGAGCCCUGCUCCAUAUGCACGAGGAGUUUCCGAGUCCGCAAAGAAUCCAUCCCUCUGACCCCUUCUACUUGCGUUUUUGCAGGAGCAGUAUCAUGAAGCCCGAAAGCGACAGAUCUGUGUUUUUGAAGGCAGAAAGCAACAUGUUUGCUUCUUUUUUCAAAGGAGCUGCCGGUGGUGUCUGUGUUCCAACCACUGAAUCCGGAUCCCAUUUGUGAAUAAGCCAUUCAGACUCAUGGUCCCUAUUUAACAGGGUCUCUAGUGCUGUGAAGAGAAAUAUUGCUGAACAUUGCAUAUAACUUAUAUUGUAAGAAAUACUGUACAUUUGAGGAAGUCUUUAUUGUACCUGGAUAGCUGUAAGAAAGGCAUGAAGGACGCCAAGAAUUUUAAGGAAUAUAGGGCAA